AUGGCGGCGAAUCAACAACAAUUAACGACUCGGCCACGGAUCCUCGAAGCUGUGUCUUUAACGGUAGUCAUUCUAGUAGCCACUCAUGUCUUGGCUCUAGUUUAUUGGAUUUACAGCUUGGCUACUGAGAAGCAGCCUCAGAGAAGAAAGGAGCACUAGAUCCAGUUCAAUUUAUAGUAACAGAGAAGGGAAUCUUCAAUUCAACAGUAGUUUUGAU